GAAGAGGAAAAUCAUAUGAAAGGGAAAAGAAAAGACUUUUACAUACUUAGAAUAGGUUUAGAGAAUGAAGGUUGGUUUGAUCCAUGGGCUUUACUCUCUGCAUUCAAAAAGAAAGCAAUUUCACUAGGCACCGAUUACGUGCAUGGAGAAGUGAUAGGAUUUGAAUUUGAAGAUAGACGCACAGUGAUUGAUGAAACUUUAGAUCCUACUAUUCGAACUAAUUAUAUGUAUAUAAAAGAUGAAGUUGGUGAGGUGCACUGUGUUGAAUUUGCUUACCUGGUAAUUGCUGCGGGCCCAUAUUCUGCUGAUGUUGCACAAAUGUUGCAUAUUGGUUUGGGACCAGGGUUGUUAAGAGUACCUCUUCCUAUUGAACCAAGGAAAAGGUAUGUUUAUGUUGUUAAUUGUGACAAUGGACCUGGAAUAGACAUGCCACUUAUAGUUGAUUCUUCGGGUACUUACGUGCGUCGAGAAGGAUUAGGUGGCAAAUAUAUUUGUGGAAGAUCACCAUCUCCUAAUGAAGAGCCGGAUAUCAGCACCUUAGAAGUAGACUAUAAUUUUUUUGAAAAAUCUGUUUGGCCGGUACUGGCACAUCGAAUACCAGCAUUCGAAGCAAUUAAAAUAUCAAGUGCAUGGGCUGGGUAUUAUGAUUAUAACACAUUUGACCAAAAUGCUUUGUUUGGAUGUCAUCCUUAUUUCCCAAACAUUUACUUUGCAACUGGUUUCAGUGGUCAUGGCAUUCAAAUGGCUCCUGCUAUUGGACGGGCUAUGAUGGAACUGUUAAUAGAUAAAGCAUAUGUUACCAUUGACAUGUCAAGGUUCCAUUUGUACCGUAUUUUUAAUGAGGAGCCUUUAUAUGAAAAAAAUAUUGUUUAACAUUUUUCAUAAUAAUUAUUAAAUAUUUUAUUUCUAAUCAGUAAA